AUGCAAGACAAUGAAGUGGCCGUCCACCCUCGGACGCCCAUGCCGCACGGCUACGCCUUUGUCCCCAAGGGCAACGUGUAUGUGACGGCCAACUGCCGCCGCCAGACGCAUGCUGCCGCCAAGACGGUGUAUGUGGUCGCGCGCGACAAGAACGUGCUGGGCAUUCGCUGUCCCACGGGCGUCGUCGACGCCGUCCGCGCUGCCGAGCAGGCCACGCGGGCCGCGCGCGAGGCCGCCACGGCCAAGCGCGAUGCUGCCCUGGCCGCGAUGUUUCGGGCGGCCCUGCUGGCAGCCUACCCGGCGCUGCCUCCGGGGACCACGGCCGACGAGAUUGUGCAGCAUGCCAUGACGAAGCACGCCGGACGCGUCGCGCGGACAAGCACACUGAGCGAGGCGGCGCGGGUGCGACUGGCGGUGCGGGCGCACAUCCGGCACCGGUGGACAGACUACGAGACGAUGUUGCGGGAGGCGGAGGCGACAAACGACAGAAAAGAGAGACGGAAACGAAACGGGACGGGAAGAAAGCGCGACGGCAAACUGCAGCGACGCCGACGCGCGGAAGCACGUGCGCAGACAGUCGGGCGAGUCAAUGCCAUUGAGCGAGAAUGGGCGGGCAAGUCGCGAAACGUCUCCAUCGACAGCAGUGAAGGGAGCGUGGACGACGAGGUUAGCGGGAGUCAAUACAGCGAGGAGGGCGAGGGGGUUGAGGAGAAUGAGGACAAGGAAGACGAGGAAGACGCGCAGCCCGCAACGGCCAAAAGUUGUGGUCGACAAAGUGGUGUCACGCCUCGAAGAGAAAGAAACACGUCGAAAAAGGCUCCAGCUCGAACGAGUAAUGCUGGCAUGGUGGAAGCUCGUGUCGCGCGAAGCAAACUUCAAAAGCUUCAGAAGCUGCAGACAACCACUGGCGGCGAUCAGGAGACGGCCAUUGUAAUUGACAGCGACAGCGAUUGGAUUCCGUAG